CCGCCGGUUGCUGGCGCGAUCGCCGUCUUAAAGGGCCCGCGGCGACCUCCCCUUAGGAGCGGGCCCGGGAUGUCGGCCGGGGUCCCGGAGGGGUGUGCGCACAGCGUCUGUAUGGUGUCGGACUUCUUCUACCCCAACAUGGGCGGCGUGGAGAGCCAUGUGUACCAGCUGUCGCAGUGCCUCAUCGAGCGGGGCCACAAGGUCCUGGUGGUCACCCACGCCUAUGGCCAGCGGAAGGGUGUCCGCUACCUCACCAACGGGCUGAAAGUGUAUUACUUGCCCCUCAAGGUCAUGUACAACCAGUCCACCGCAACGACACUCUUCCAUAGCCUGCCUUUGCUCAGGUACAUAUUUGUGCGGGAGAGGGUCACCAUUGUCCAUGCCCACAGCUCCUUCUCUGCCAUGGCCCAUGAUGCCCUCUUCCAUGCCAAGACCAUGGGGCUGCGAACGGUGUUCACAGACCAUUCCCUCUUUGGGUUUGCGGACGUCAGCUCAGUGCUUACCAACAAACUUCUGACAGUGUCCCUGUGUGAUACCAACCACAUCAUAUGCGUCUCCUACACGAGUAAGGAAAAUACGGUGCUGCGAGCAGCUCUGGACCCUCGGAUAGUCUCUGUCAUCCCCAACGCUGUCGAUCCCACUGACUUCACUCCAGACAUGUCAAAGAGGGAUGAUGCUACAAUAACAAUCGUGGUUGUCAGCAGACUUGUAUACAGAAAAGGUAUAGAUUUACUUAGUGGUAUAAUUCCUGAGCUCUGUCAGAAAUAUCCAGAGUUACAUUUCUUAGUUGGAGGAGAAGGACCAAAGCGAAUCAUACUGGAAGAAGUCCGAGAAAGAUACCAGCUGCACGACAGGGUGCGCCUCCUAGGAGCCUUGGAGCACCAGGAUGUUAGAAAUGUCCUAGUCCAGGGACACAUUUUUCUCAACACUUCCCUCACUGAGGCCUUUUGUAUGGCAAUUGUGGAAGCAGCAAGCUGUGGUUUACAGGUGGUGAGUACAAGAGUUGGAGGGAUUCCUGAGGUGCUUCCAGAAGAUCUCAUUAUUCUAUGUGAACCCUCUGUGAAAUCUCUGUGUGAUGGAUUAGAAAAAGCUAUUGCCCAACUUAGAGCAGGAACACUACCAUCUCCAGAAACUGUUCAUAAUAAAGUAAAGACAUUUUAUACAUGGAGGAAUAUAGCAGAGAGAACUGAGAAAGUGUAUGACAGGGUUGCAGAUGAAGUGGUUUUACCAAUGGAUGAACGACUUAACAGACUUAUGUCUCACUGUGGCCCAGUGACUGGGUAUAUUUUUGCUCUUUUUGCUGUUUUGAACUUCCUUUUCUUGGCAUUUCUGAGGUGGAUGACUCCAGAUUCCGUUAUUGAUGUUGCAAUAGAUGCCACAGGACCUAAAAGUGCAUGGACUAAACAGUAUUUUUUGGGGAAAAAAAGGAAGCGUUAAAGAAGAUCUUCCAAGCUCCUAAAGUGCUGAAAUUGAGAGGAAAGGACGCAUCAGUCACUAAAGGUUUUAAUGCUUGCUGAUAGAGACAUUACUCUUAAAAUUCUUCAGUUUCUUUCUGAAGUCCUUGGAAAGAAACUUGGUUAAAUGUACUACCUCAAUUUAGGAUGAUAUUUUAAUUUAGUUUUGGAUUCAUGCAAAUCUAUGGACAUCUCUUUUGCACUUAAAAUUGGAAGAAUGUGGGGUUUUAUAUGAUUCAGAAGCCUUUGAGACAAAAGUACAAAAUUUUUUCAACAACUUGAAUAUUACAGAAAGUGACUGUACACUUUACUGGUAUUUGAGAAAGCAAAACACACAAAAUAUUAGCUUACAAUAGUUUCUGCUAAUUCCUUGGACUAACUGUGAUUUCUAUUUUGAAACUUAUUUAAAAUUUUUUAAGUAGAAGCCCAACAAAACAUACCUUUUCUCUCCUAAGAUGAAAACGGUACUUGAAAUUAGUCAUUAAGGCCAUUAUCAUGGGAAUGUUGGAGACUUAUUUCUAGUUGUGUCCCAGUGACAGUCUUUUGCCUGCAUAGCAUUAUUAUUUUAAAGUUCUUCCCUAGUCAAAUUAGAUCAUCCUGUUGCUAAAUCAAAACUCCAUAAUUAUUUUUUUUUAUAUUUUCAGAGGUGCUAAAUUUGUCUUGUUCACUUACAUGUGUGAAAAUGAUGUAAAGCUGAUGGUGUUUGUGUCUUGGCUGUUUGUUUGUUUUCCAUUUUUAGAUUACAUAGGUAUAGGAAUUCUAGUCUUUAGAGGUAAUGCAGCCUUCAGAAACAGCUCAGGCCUGAAAACUCCUCCAGCAGACUAUGCCAAAGUGUGAAGUAAUGUGUGUGCACACACGAGAGAGAAAUCUGUGAAGGGCUUAACAAGCACCGUAAUGCUUUCUUGCUCUCUCUUUCCCCUCUCCCACACCUUCUUAGUUUUCCUUUUUUUUUCUUUUCAUUUUGCUUUUUGCUUUCUCCUUAUAUAAAACCAAAAUGGCAUUUCAGUCCAUCUCUGGGAGUGACAGUGUUCAGUGUGUGUGAUUUCUCCUAGACCACAUCAGAGACACUGGACAGGUUCUGCAGGUGAAAUCUUGGAAAGGUAUCUCUUAAAUGGAAAAAAACAAUAGGUAUGCUUUCCAGCAGGGGGAAAAAGGGACAAAAAAAAUAAAAAGGUCUGGCUUCUCACAUCUGUUAGCACUCUUAUGUAAUGUAUACCUGGGACAAUAAGGCAGCACAGCAUAUCAAUGUGUGAGAGGAGGCACCUAUGUCAUUUAUGUCAAUGACCUCUAAAACUUCCCCCUGAGUUAAUUAACCCCCUGGGUUAAUCUCUUAUUCAAGCAUCACCGAAGACUAAAAAUUUCAUGAUUUUUAUGCCUCGUGAGUAUUACAUGUUGUUGGACACUGUAUUAAUAUUAAAACUGUGCAAUAUGGAAGUACUGUUUCCAAACCCUUGAAGGGCAGUAUUUAAAACAUAACUUCUGUCAAUAUCGUAUUGUUUGUGUAGAUACAUAGUUACACUAACAUUUUAUAAUUGUAUUGAACAUAUUUUCAUGAAACACAGAAAAGUAAUAUGAGAGAAACUCCAUACACAGUAUAUUUUCUUUUCCUAGAUUUUUUUUUAGACUUUGAUAUGUAACAUACAGUAUGCAUUAUUAUUACAGUUUCAAUUCUACAUACUACCUUAAAGUGGAUGUCAGCUAAAACGGUGCCACACAGACAAUGGAUAAAUGGGUGGAAUUAAAGUAAUUUACUUUUCAAAGAUCCACCCCCUCCCCCCCCUUCAAAUUUAUAACAACUUUUUUUAAAUACUGAUUACCCUUCCAGAAAAAUAUUAUAUAUAUUUAUAAUAAUCAGUUGAUUGGUUUUUAUUUCUUUUUGGUUUUCUGCAAUAUCUACAAACAAAUUUUCAACAGGCUUGUGAGAAUAUUUGAAAUACUUCUCUGUUCUGUUGUGGAACAUUGUGUACUUACAAAUAAAACCUUGUAUUUACACUUUUAUUUAAAAGUUUAUUAACCUUUCUGUAAAUAAUCGAUAUUUUUCAUUAAUAUUUGGGAAUAUAAAAUUAAAAAGUACAGAAAUAUGCUCCAUAUUGCUGCUUCCUGUCACUGGUGGUUGAACUUCUUGUGAGAAAGAUGAUUAUUAAAAAAUAUUUUUUUUUUGUAUUAAAAAACAUUGUUUGUUGUGACAAGUUGUCACAAAAAUUUAAUCCCUAACAGGUUUAACUACAACUGUGCUGUUUCUAAAGUAGUGCAACUUGUAUUACAUGUAACUCUUUGCAGGACUGAUUAACUUACUAGCCUUGUGCAGAGGAGUAAGGGAUGAUCUCAUUUAGUUUUAAAAAGCAUCAGUGGGUGAAAUAAAAUAAUCACAGUAAUAAAAGUCCUGGAGAAAGAUAAUGUGUAUUUAGAAAUGGAUAAAAUAACCACUUAAAAAAUCUAAAAUGCUUCAGCUGUGCUUACAGGUAACAUUUAAUCAUUGUGAAAUACUAAGGAAAUGUUACUAAAGAGAGAGUGAUACUGAAUAAUGUAUUGCAUAAAGCACAGACUGGUCAGGAGGAGGGAACACCCAAAACCCACUCAUGGAAGAUCCACUUCUUAUGGAGGAGGUUCUGUUGGUCUACAAUGAAAUGUAAUCACACAGGCACAAGGAAAAAUAGUGUUUCCAGUGCAUUAUGUGCAGACACUGUGAAUUAAGGUAUAUAGAUGGCCUUCUGAUAGUUGAGAAUUGUAUGUUAAACCAGACCAGGCACCAAGUAAAGUAUGACUGUGAGAUUCAUCUUUAAGAUUGUGUUUUAGUGGAUGUGGUAGAUCUGUAAAGAAAGUAAAUACACUGUAAUGUACUUCUUUUUCUGGUCAGGUUUUUCUGCAUCUUUUUAAAAUAAACAUUUUUCCCCCA